AUGGUUGUUGCUCCGAGGCGGUCCGUGUUCAGAGAUGCAGCUGCAGUUGCGGGAGGCGUCACUGUGGGCACCACUAUGGGACAUUUGGCCGGUGAAGCUAUAACGAGUUUAUUCGGUGGUGGUAGAAGACAACAAGUUGAACAAGCACUACCACCUAACUAUAAUUAUGAUCAAGAGCCAAGUGGCCCAUGUGCCUACGAAAUAUCGCAAUUUUUGAGCUGUGCGACAAAUAGACCAAAUAUAGAGGAAUGUGAAGGUUUCAAACAAGCACUUCUCGAAUGUAAACGACGCAACCGCAUACCCUAG